AUGGCAGCGGCAGGCCCCCAUUCCGCGGGCAUCUUCGCCGACAUGACCGUCGAUGGGCCCGAGAUAGGCACAUUGGUACUGGUGGUCGAUCGGGCGAAGAAUCUGCCCAACAGGAAGACAAUGGGGAAGCAGAAUCCGUAUUGUGCGGCGCGACUGGGCAAGGAGGCCCGCAAGACCGAGACAGAUCAGCGCGGUGGACAGACGCCUAAAUGGGACCAGGAGCUUCGAUUCACCGUCCACGACUCGCCGGACUACUACCAGCUCAAGAUCUCCGUCUUCAGCGAGGACAAGCGCACCGACCUCAUCGGCGAGGCCUGGGUGGGAUUGACCGAUGUUGUGGUACCGGGUGGUGGAAAGGCGGACCUGUGGCAGGGUUUGAACUGCAAGGGCAAAUAUGCUGGAGACCUACGCAUUGAGUUGACGUACUACGAUACGCGCGCAAAACCUGAAAAGGCCGAGGAGAUUGUGUCCGUCGCUGAAGAGCUGCGGCAGCAGUAUGGCGGUCUGCAAUCCAAGGUGAAGCGUAGACCACUGCCAUCCAACCCCAAUGCACCCAGCUUGACACCUGUUGUUAUCCCUGGUCGUACACCRCCAGGCCGUGCACGCCAUGGCCCUCGCGAUCUUCAAACGCCCCUCCGGGCGGGAUCGACCCCAGUGGAAGCACUCAGCUACCCGCAUUCAGCCGCCACGCUUGUCGGCCAGACCCCUGUUCACCCUGCUGCCAUCACCCCAGGGGUCGCUCCAGAGCAGGCAUCGCCGACGCAGUACUAUGGAGAGUACGAUCAAAACCCGGAUCCGGAAGUGUACGAGCAUGCGGGACCACAACAGCUGGAUUUCCUCCCACAAUUGCCUCCAAGUCAUAGACAACGAGGACCACAACCGCGAUUCACACAGCGAGCAUCACAACCUCAGCUUUAUCAACAUCCUCCGCAGCCCAGGCCACUCAGCCAUAUCGGAUUACCGCAUUCACACUCGGCGCCAGCUGUACCUGUAGCUCACGAGGACGGGCACCUAUACGAGAAUGACUUCCCAGAGGUAGCGCCCGAAAUCGACUUCCAGCAUCCGCACCAGCGUCAGCGAAGGAAUGAUGUCCCUCCCGGCUGGGAGCACGAAUUUCCGACACAUCAACCUUAUGUUGAGGAUGAGAUGGAUGGUCCCCCUCCACCUCCAAUGCACAGCAACAGCUCACCGGCUGUUCCCAACUAUGGGUCCGCUCAUGGCCGCACAUAUGCACCCGCGACCGCGAGAUACGGGACUACCCCGCCCACUGUAAGACAUCAGUGCAUGCCUAAUUCCUCGCCAAUACAAAGCAUCGAGCAAGGCUACAGCCCAGCACAGCCAUCAUAUGGCCAUCGAAAUCCCGCGAGGGGGUCUUCUUUCGACGAACAUGGCUCAUCGCCGUAUCAACAUAGCUACGAGUCGACUCCGAACCUGGUCCCAACUCACCAUUUACCGGCCUCUAUCGGAAGGACCCCGGCUUCUCGACAGAUGCCUGGCCGUCACAGCUUUGCAGAUCCCAAUGGCACGACUUCGCGACCGCAUCCACUCUCUCACCAAGUCCCUCGGGCGAGAAGUCCUAAUCCGAACGCGUAUUCGAGACACGAGCUGCCGGAUCCUGCGCAAGAAGGUGCACAACAUCCCGACUAUCGCGGAAGAGGUCGAGCACAAUCUGCGGACCCUCGUGCUGCGUCUCCGCAACCGCCUCCUCAACAACCACACUCCGCUGGACGCCCGGCAAAGAAUACGUACAGUAUACAAUUCCCUGUCCGAGCGUUUGCUUCAUCCGACGCUAGCCCGCUCUCAACCACGCAGCCUCCUUCCGCAAACCGCGCAUUGCCCAGCCGUGCCUCCGCUCCGCCUACAAGAAAAUCUGUAUCUCCUCGACCUUCAAUGUCAGAAGGCUCCAGCGCAAUUCCCUUCUCUCCCGAUAGUUUCGACGUCCACAACCCACAGCCUUCCCAUGGCGAAGGCUCUGGUAUGCGCGAUGGGAGAAGUGGACCCAUUGUCGGCUGGCACGGGCAGGAGAUUGAUCCCAGUGAUCACCUCCCCGUCGACUCUUGGGCGCCAGAACCUACCAAGAAGACGCCCACCAAGACAUACGGCUUGGGGAGGGAUCGAGACUUUGGACCUAGGACUGUCCACAGUGGCUCCGCCGGAAGGGUGCCGAGAGAUACGGUCAUAAAUGUGCGGCUAAAGGCCCAGUCUCAAGAGCCGGAAUCGAGUCGGAAUCGUCUGGUGAAGAAAUCGCCCAUCCCAGGGAGGAGUCCAAGUAUGGAGCCUCCUAUGCRAGAGCAUGAAGGCUUCAACGCGGUUCCAAACCCUUAUGAGCAGCCUCAACCGCCGUUCUCGAGGGGAUACCGAGAUGCCAGUCGGAGUCCUGGUGGCUACGGUGGGUCAAGUCCUGGGGGCUACGGAAGUGCGCCUCCGAGUCUACCUCCAAAGGUGCCGUUGAACUAUGACAGUGAUGCACUGAGUCGAGAGAUUUCCAGCAUUGACAUUGGAACGAGGCAGCGGGCACCGACCAGCUUUGUCCCAGUGCGCAGUCACCGGGACAGGAACAGCUACUAUUAA